CGCUAUUUUCCACGGCAUCCACACACAACUCACCACGCACCCUGGGCCGGAGUGGUAAUCUGGCAUACCGGGCAUUUCGACGCACUUUUGGGCCGAUCAGGGUCGGACUGGCCAUCGGGAGAACCGUCAACAACUUUUGACACCCCACUGAGAGCGAACCACAUUAUAGCAACCACGAGGAGGAUUCCAGACUCUUUCUCAGUUAUAUAGCCUAACGCUUUUUUCGCAAGACAUUCAGUCUAUUACCUCAGUGGAUUAUUCCACACAACAGACUCACAGCUUUCUGGAUUGUGAUUGGCUAGACGAAGCAAAACACUGAAUCAUGGGGAAUAUUUUUGGCAACCUGCUGAAGAGUCUGAUAGGAAAGAAAGAGAUGAGGAUUCUGAUGGUCGGAUUAGAUGCUGCUGGUAAAACCACCAUCCUGUAUAAACUGAAACUGGGAGAGAUCGUAACCACUAUCCCAACCAUUGGGUUUAAUGUUGAGACUGUUGAAUAUAAGAACAUCAGCUUCACUGUAUGGGAUGUGGGCGGUCAGGAUAAGAUCAGACCACUCUGGAGACAUUACUUUCAAAAUACACAGGGGCUUAUCUUUGUGGUUGACAGUAAUGAUCGGGAGAGAGUUAACGAGGCAAGGGAGGAGUUAAUGAGGAUGCUUGCAGAGGACGAAUUGCGUGAUGCCGUUCUUCUGGUUUUCGCUAACAAACAGGAUCUGCCAAACGCCAUGAAUGCUGCUGAGAUCACAGAUAAACUCGGACUCCACUCGCUCCGCCAUCGCAACUGGUAUAUUCAGGCGACCUGUGCGACCAGCGGCGAUGGUUUGUAUGAAGGGCUUGACUGGCUCGCCAAUCAGCUCAAGAAUAAGAAAUGAAGGGUGGGAUUUCCAUUAUGUGGGCGUAUCUCACAUUGGGAAAGGGGUGGGACUAAUUUGGCCUUUGGAAUCGGUUUCUUUAUUUUUUCUUUGUUUAUGUUUUGUAUUAUUUUGGCAAAUAUGUGGUUUAUAGAGCCUUCUAUACUCUGUAUAUAUCCACACACAGUUACAAACACACAUGCACACCAACGUGUGUCUGAUUUCUUUUGUUGACUUUUCCAUUUUCACUGUAUAAUGAACCGUCUGAUAGUACAGUGUCAAAAACUAGCAUCAAUGUUUGGUCAAUAUCUCUCUCUCCCUUCCUUCCUCACUCACUCUCUUUCUGUAUUUACAAUCGGCAAUCAGUGUUUUCCUUGACUGCCAUGCAAAGAUUGCUAUGCGACUGACCAUGCUCAUGUAUAAUGUAAUAUGCUGAUACGUUUCCUCGUAUUGUCAAAAUAACCUCUCUACACUCUAUUUUCAGUAAAUGCAACAAUAAUGUAGUUUGCCUCCUCACGAAUACAAUAAUCUGUGGUCUGUGAUCAGGUUAGGUACCCUGCUGUGCAUGGCUCUUUCGCUCAGUGUUGUGAUUAAGUAUUAGAGGAUAGAACUGCAUGUGUGUCACAAAAGAGCUACUCGGUGUUGCAUGCUGCUUUGCGGCUGAGCUGUAAUAAAAUGGAUAAAGUGACUGGACACUGUAGAAUGAAUGUAGAGUCUUGAGCUUGUCUUUAAUCUGUUUCUGCUGAUAUCCCUUGGGGUUAUUGUGUGAAGAAUGUACAUGUUUCCAUUGAUAAUUUGUUUAAAUAUUGGGUGGGGGGGGUUGUACUUGCUUAUUUUGAUAAUUGGAAUCUACACCACUGGUUAUUUCGCUGUAAAUAAUGCUUAUGUUUCCAACCAAGUGCCCAAUUGUUUAGAUAUAGAAUUGACUUGGCUAAUUGUUGCAUGGGUAAAACGGUAUUGUUGAGUUAAACUAACAUUGUGUGCAUGGCUUGCAUGCUGUUCUGUUAGUCCAAUAGAGAGAGAUAGAUAGAUAGAUAGAUAGAUAGAUAGAUAGAUAGAUAGAUAGAUAGAUAGAUAGAUAGAUAGAUAGAUAGAUAGAUAGAUAGAUAGAUAGAUAGAUAGAUAGAUAGAUAGAUAGAUAGAUAGAUAGAUAGAUAGAUAGAUAGAUAGAUAGAUAGAUAGAUAGAUAGAUAGAUAGAUAGAUAGAUAGAUAGAUAGAUGCUACCACUAAUUUGCCACUGAUAUUAGAUUAUUAUGAGACAAAUUGUUGUUUUUUGCUUUUGCACUGUGAGAAUAAAACAGAAAGUAUACAGUAGAAAAGCAGCACGCACACUUGUACACGAAACUCGGGCAUAUCAGUGGCCUACGGCAAACUGCAUUAUUAUUCAUCUCUUUCUGUUUUCUUUGUAUUGCAUGAUGCUUUGCAGUGUUUUAUGGUCGUAACGUGAUGUUUUGUGGGUUCAGACUAACAUAACACACACAUACCUAACCCUAACCCCAUUGAAUGUAAAUCUUAUUUUUAUCUGGUGUGCUGACAUAUUUUGGCUUUAUUUAUGCUAUUUUUGAUUAGUAGAUUUCAGAGAAUGUACACUCACUGAGCACUUUAAUUGGACUACACUAUGAUCCUAAUAAAGUUCCCGACGUGGUCUUCUGCUGUUGUAGCCCAUCCGCCCCAAGAUUCGACAUGUUGUGCAUGAGAUGCUAUUCUGCUUAUUACAAUUAUACAGAGCGGUUAUCUGAGUUACCAUAGCCUUUCUGUCAGCUCAAUCCAGUCUGGACAUUCUCCAUUGACCUCUCUCAUCAACAAGGUGUUUCCGUAACUGCCGCUCACUGGAUGUUUUUUGUUUUCGGCACCAUUCUGAGUAAACUCUAGAGACUGCUCUGUGUGAAAAUCCCAGGAGAUCAGCAUUUACAGAAAUACUCAAACCAGCCUGUCUGGCAUCAACAAUCAUGCCACGCUCCAAAACACUGAGAUCUCAUUUUUUCCAUAUUAUGAAGCGCCUGACCCGUAUCUGCAUGAUUUUAUCCAUUGCACUGCUGCUACAUGAUUGGCAGAUUAGAUAAUCGCAUUAAUUAGUAGGUGUACAGGUGUUCCUAAUAAAGUGUUCAGUGAGUUUAUAUGAAUAUUAUAUUUUUGUCAUGCUGCUUUUUCCAUUAAUGUUGGAUACUCUUAUUCCAUUCACAUACCAACAUUUCAGGUUGCAUGAAACAUCACUAACACAGCCUGUAUGUGUUACUAUAAUACAUACAGUAUAUCAUGGAUAAUUGGAAAAUCAAAUGCUAACAUAUUUUACCAUAGUAGCUCGUGUAAAUACAACAAACGCAUUUAUCCUGCAUUGUGUAAUUGUUAAAAAUGAUUUUUCACACAAAUCUAAUACUAACACUGUAUGUGUUUUGUUUCUUGUUUGUUCUGUGGGUAUAGCAUCGGUCUUGCAUUGCUUUGCAUAUUAUUUCAAGCUAAAACUACCUACCACAAUCUAAAGUGUGUAUAUAUGACAAUUCAGACCAGUUUGAAGGUUCAGUUAUGUAGAGUGUGGGUGAUGCACGAAUGAGAGAGUUACCAAGACAAUUGUGCUAUUGAGCAAAAUGCUUAACAUCUAAUUGUUCAGUUUUUCUAUGGUACAUAAGCAUAGUUAGCUUAAAACACCCUACAGUUCAUCAACCAAUAGUGGUUCAGCAUCUAAUGUAAAUAUCACAUGGCUAUUUAUACACAAACCUCUGAGUCUACAGUGUGAAUUGCCCAGUCUGUUAAGUUUUGUGGCCUUAUCUUCUUACAAAAGUAUGUUUUCACAAGGUUAUUUAUUAACUAAGUUAUUGGGUCACUAAGUUACUUAUUAGUUUUGUGUUGAUAUGGGAACAAUAGGGGGUUAAAAUCUCAAAUACAUUGUUUUGCUUGAAUUUAAGGCUGGGGGGUAUUUAUUCUUUGCAUUAGAUUGUGUGCAUAUUGAAUAGCUAUAGGACUGAUCUUUUAGAACGUUUAAAAGUCAAUAUUAUAUUUUAUUAAUGUAUUUAUUUUGGUGAGUGUUCUGGUGAAUGUGUUUUUACCUCUGUGUGCUUAUGGUUUUUCUUGAUUAUUUAACAUGUUGGGUAAAUAAUUUUGAUGGCUUACAGUGUCUGUGAACAUAAUCAAUGCAGGGGAAAACAACUUCUCAUUGAAUUAUUAAAUGAAAAAAUAGAACUCUUAGAAAUCAUGGAAGAAAUGUGUAACCGUCUGUUAUAGUAGAUGAAGAAAGAUUAUUGUGAUUAUUAUGAUGUAGACACCAAUCUUUCUCUCUCUACAAUCCUUUGACUGUAACACUACACUCAAAUAAAUACUUGGAAAUUACCAUCCUGUUGUGUCUAUUAUUUUCUUUAGCAUCUAUAUUCUUCUUUUCAAUAUUUUUUACAUAAGUUUUUCGGUG